CGGCAGGCUGAGAUAAAGAGGGGAUCGAUGGCCAAGCCCCUCUACAGACUGCAGCGUUUCCUCCGGAGGGCCCAGCUGUUCCUGCUCUUCCUGGGUGUGGCCUACAUCAUGGCCGGGAGCGUCCUCCUGCUCCAACGGGCCAGCCUGGUGGUGACCCAGCGAGGGGCCACCAGCCCUCCACUGCCCUCCCUGCCCUCCUUACCCUCACCACCCCGGGCCCUGGAGCUGGGGGUGCCACCCGUGAGGGUAGGAGGCUACGGGGGCAGGAGCUCACGGAUCAUGGCCAGGGGGCAGGGGUACCAGCCUGGGAGCCCAUUGGACGACAGGACUGGAGCACGGUGGCUCAUGUCGAGGAAUCUGGAGAUCCGACACCUGCGGCGCCGCUGGUUCCACAGUCUGAUGACGGAGAAGGAUAUGUCACAGGUGGAGAGGAGCACCCCCAGGAGGAAUGCGCCUCACAAAGGUACCUAUCUACCUAUCCCAGAAAUUAGGAAAAUUCUCUGCCAUAUAGAGUGGAGAUUCUGAAGGGGUGUUGUAUUCUAUAAAUUAGCUAUGUGGCAACUCCUCAAGUUUUGGAGACGCUACCUGAAAAGUGGUUGACAAAAUGAAAUAACACAAUGACAGACUACUUAACCUGUAACUAAUGCUUUGCUGAUUUAUGUAUGUUUGUUUGUUUGUUCUUAAGGUUCUUACAUGGGCUGCUUCCUGGACAAUUCCAAGGAGCGGGCUUUGAGGGGAUCUGUAUCCAAUGAUUUCCGCAAAAUGACCAGCACCAUGUGCCAGGAUACCUGCUCAGCGAGGUACGUGGAGCUCCAUCCUGCCUCAACACACUAUUAUCACAUCUUUCACAACACAGGACGUAUUUCACAUCUCAGGAGGAGCAUAUCAUCAACAUUAUAUAACCCCCAUUCCCAUCCUAUCAUCUCUGCAGAUUAAACUGUGCUGAAUCUGUGUAUCGGGAAUGUACCCACAGAUAGGCAGACCAUAGAAUUAGCAAAGCAUAGGCAUAUGCUCAGCCUGAGGAGCUCCACGAUACUUGACUUGUAUUAACUGGUAAUGGAACAGGGUUUGGGGGGAAGAGUGUAAGCACAGACCUACAGUUGCGGGAGCUCUAGCUGGCUUGUCCCAGGCGGAGAAUUUGAAGCCUCCGAAUUAAGGACGUGUGAGCAGAGGAGUAGAGAGGAGCAGUGAGGAGUGUUGUAGCCUCUGGUCUCCCAGGGCAGAUGUUGAAGGGGUUGAGGAGGGGGGUUGGAGAGAUGGAGUGAUCUGCAGUGAAGGACUAUGGAGCGACAAGCAGGCAGACUGCUUCAGUCUCUGUUAGUAUUAAUUGUGCACCAGAGCAAAAGGAGCGAGACAAACGGUACUCCCCUAAUUAACCCCUAGGGUAGCGGAGCGUGCAGCAUUUGCAUUGCUGUUGAAUUCAAUAUUAACAUACUGUAUGUUCUCGUGUUAUACGCAUGGUUCAGCAUAGUUAUAGAAAAAACAUUACUGUUGAAAAAUAAUACUUUUUAAGCAAUCAAUAUAUGAAAUACGUUUCUUACGAAGAACCAGAUUGUUUAAUGAUUACGGAUGUGUUGUGAAUACUUUGAGUUGAUGUAAACUGUUACCAGAGUUUCAGAUCUAUCUGAAUGUCAUUUAUUACAGUGGCUACCAGUUUGCUGGUCUGGAGUACGGGUCGGAGUGUUACUGUGGCAACCACAUCACCAGCCUGCGUGUGAGAGAUGAGGAGUGUAACUUGGACUGUAAAGGGGAGAAAGGCUCCCCGUGUGGAGGUGUUGGACGCCUGUCAGUGUUCAAGGUGGAGGAUUUGCUUCCAGGCCAGAGGAGAUGUGAGUAUGAGGGACCUGGUCCAAUGUUGAGUGCUGGGGAACAGCAGGAGAUCGAGUCAAGCUGAUAAAGCAUCGCAUUCAUUGUCAGGAGAGCACACAUUUGUUACACACCCACACAGACAAGUCUAGGGCUCUGCUUCCAGGGAAUGUGCAGGUGUGUUCUGUGUCUGUAUUGAAGCCUUAUGGCUGAGAAUUGCAGCUGUGCAAAAUACCUCUCCUGUUUUUGCAGACAGGAACGUGCGUUACCGCGGCUGCUUCAAGGAGCCUGAGAACAGCACCUCUACAUCCCUGGUCCAUGUGCUCCAGCCCAACCUCACCUCCCAGUCCUGCAUAGAGACCUGCAUGAACAAGGUUGGACCCUUAGGGUGCCAUUGCCAGCAUUUUGCAGUAUGACGUUGCUUAUAAAUAAAUUGUUUCAGCAUUUACGAUGUGCUUUUGAAGAGUUUUUGAAUGCCCUAUAAACCCAUUAUACGUUUUAGUUUGUUUCAAGUGUGACCAAAUUUGCCUGGCCUAGGAGUUUCCGCUGGCUAUGCUGAGGAGUCCGGACUGUUUCUGUGGUUACACUACUCCUGACUUCACUCUCCAUGAGCCGGCUGAGGAGGAGCACUGUUCACGGAUCAACACCACUGAAGCCUCCUUACCAUCAACCCUCCAGCACUUCUACCAGGUCUACCAGACACCUGUCCAAGGUAACACGGUCAGACAACCAAAAAAGCAUUCUUCCUUCAAAUCCAGGACUGCCUGUCACGUUCGUUGAUUGACGGGACGGACCAAGGCGCAGCGUGAUAUGCAUACAUGUUUAUUAUAACGAAUAAACAACGACAAAACAAUAAACCAACGACACGUGAAGUCCUAAGGUAACACACAACAAACCUCACACGGGACAAGAUCCCACAACCCACUAGUGCCAAAAGGCUGCCUAAGUAUUGUCCCCAAUCAGAGACAACGAGCUACAGCUGCCUCUGAUUGGGAACCACACCGGCCAACAUAGACCUACAACAUAGACUAUAUAUAACAAAGAAUAUACACACCCUGACUCAACAUAUAAGAGUCCCUUGAGUCAGGGCGUGACAGUACACCCCCCCCCAAAGGUGCGGACUCCGACCGCACAACAUAAACAUAACAGGGUGGGCAUUCCGCUCGUGGCGUGACGACCUCUCACUCUCCGCCUCCCUGUUGCGCCCCUGGUCUGGUCUGGACCUCGGCGCGCUACUUCCCCUCUCCUUCCUCCCACGAUACGCCAGGCCCUGUCUGACGUCAUGGUCUGGACUGGAGCCGCUGACCAGAGCUGGACUGGGCACCGGUGGAGCGGACUACUCUGGCUCCGGAGUGGAGCCGCUGACCGGAGCAGGAUUGGACCCCGGUGGAGCGGACUGCUCUGGCUCCGGAGUGGCGCAGCUGACCGGAGCUGGAUCAGGCACCGGUGGAGCGGACUGCUCUUUCUCCGGAGUGGAGCAGCUGACCGGAGCUGAUCAGGCACCGGUGGAGCGGGCAUGGGCCGUGCCGGACUGGACAAACGCACCACAGGCUUGUUGCGAGGGGCAGGAACGGGCCGGGCCGGACUGGCAACGCGCACCACUGGCUUGGUGCGAGGAGCGGGAACAGGCCGGGCCGGGCUGGCGACGCGCACCACUGGCUUGGUGCGAGGAGCAGGAACAGGCCGGGCUGGCGACGCGCACCACUGGCUUGGUACGAGAAGCAGGAACAGGCCGGGCCGGGCUGGCGACGCGCACCACUGGCUUGGUGCGGGGAGCAGGAACGGGCCGGACCGGUCUGGCGACACGCACCACUUGCUUGGUGCGAGGAGCAGGACUGGGUUCCUUUAUUAACCCCUUCUGCUGCCUAACCAGCUCCUCUCGCCGUGCCUCUACACCUUCCUUCUCCCUUCUAGCCUCCUGUAGCGCCUCCCUCUGACCGAAUACCUCCUGCUCCCUCUGAACCAAUAGCCCCCGUAAUCUGGUGGCCUCCUCACCUAACCAGCAGAUCCGCCCUAUCGCGGCCUCCUGCUGCCUCGUCGUCCACACCGUGUGCCCCCCCCAAAAAAAUGUAUUGGGGUUGCCUCUCCACCCUGAUCCCUUUCAGGGCCUCCAUCUUUCUUGCCAGAUCCUAUCUUAUCUCCUGCCAAGUCCAUCCUCUCUGCUCCUCCUCGGCCCACUGCUUGGUCCAGGUCUGGUGGGAUCUUCUGUCACGUUCGUUGAUUGACGGGACGGACCAAGGCGCAGCGUGAUAUGCAUACAUGUUUAUUAGAACGAAUAAACAACGACAAAACAAUAAACCAACGACACGUGAAGUCCUAAGGUAACACACAACAAACCUCACACGGGACAAGAUCCCACAACCCACUAGUGCCAAAAGGCUGCCUAAGUAUUGUCCCCAAUCAGAGACAACAAGCUACAGCUGCCUCUGAUUGGGAACCACACCGGCCAACAUAGAUCUACACAUAAUAGACCUACAACAUAGAAUAUAUAUAACAAAGAAUAUACACACCCUGACUCAACAUAUAAGAGUCCCCUGAGUCAGGGCGUGACACUGCCGACCUUGUGAAAUCAUUUUAAGCACUGCUUUGGCAUGACACCAAACUCCACUUUGCACCACGCAAAGUCAAAUCAAUCACUCAAAUUCUGUUGGACUUUGUCUUCUGCAAUUCAGUAUGUUUCUGAGCAGACUAUGUACAACUUAAUUUAAAAUGUUACACUCCUCUCUCCCAGACUCCAGAUGCACAGAGAGGAAGUUCCUACCAGAGAAGUCCAGUUCAUUGGUAGCGCUCUCCAGCUUCCCAGGAGCAGGCAACACCUGGGUCAGACACCUCAUAGAGUUGGCCACAGGAUACUACACAGGCAGCUACUACUUCGAUGGAACCCUUUACAACAGAGGUCAGCUCCUACACUGUACAGUCACUAUGUGUUUACACUGGAUAGGAAAGAGGGCACCCAUACUUUAGGAAAUCUGUCACUUUUGUCCUUGGCCAUCUGUUGUGCAGAUCCAGCUAUUUGCCUUAGUCCAUAAUGAAUUUAAGAUACUUUUUUUUAGUUAUCAUCCAUACCCCUCUGUCUGGCUUGGUUUAUACAGCCAAAGAUAAAAGCAAAAAUAUUUCCAGGUUUGUGUAUCUGUGUCUUGGUGUUGUGUAGGCUUCAAAGGGGAGAAGGAUUACUGGAAGAGUGGUCGGACCAUCUGUGUGAAAACACAUGAGAGUGGGAGGAGAGAGAUAGAGAAGUACGACUCUGUCAUCCUGCUGAUCAGGAGCCCGUACCGUUCCCUCAUGGCUGAGUUCAACAGGAAGUGUGCAGGACAUCUGGGAUACGCCUCUGAUCAGCACUGGAAGACCAAAGGUACACAGCCAGCCUGGAAUCAGGGUUUUCUUGUGGCUUGUAUUAAUCAUGUACAGUAUAGUACACCAGCCAAAGUAGGAGACCUUCUGGGACCGUGUUUUUUUUUUAUUGCAGGAGGGAGGGUCUGUUUGUCUGUCUGCAUUGUGUGAGUUGAUGUUCUUUUUGAAAAGUACUGCACAAUACCAUGCUCCCCCCCUUGUAGAGUGGCCUGAGUUUGUGAGCAGCUACGCCUCCUGGUGGGCAUCCCACGUACUGGACUGGCUGCGGUUCGGCCAGCGGGUCCUAGUGGUCCACUUCGAGGAACUCCAGACGGCACUGGUGCCCCGGCUACGAUCCAUCGCCUCCUUCCUCAACGCCACAGUGACCGAGGACAGACUGCUGUGUGCCGAGAGCAACCAGGAUGGACACUUUAAACGCUCCGGGGCCCGGCGGCCCACCUUCGACCCCUUCACACCCGACAUGAGAGGACUGAUAGAUGGGCUGAUCCGUGCGGUGGACCAGGCUCUCCUGGACAGCAACCACACAGGCCUUCCACUGGAGUACCUGCCCAGAUGAUGGACAGCUAAACUCUGAUAACCCUGAUCUCUACCUUGUCCACUACCCUGUCCCUCCUCGGUUUACACUGCCUUAAAGCUGUGGUGGCACAGAUGGAUGGAUACCCCCAAUCCAACCCAAGAGAAAGCGUUUCAAAUCAGGAGCGUGCCAUACAAAGGAAGCAUAGUCGUAUAGACAGAGGCUAAUCUCACAAAACACUUUUUAUGUUUUAGAAGCGCUGGUUUAUCAAAAUGCUGUCUUUCUGUUUUAGAAGUGUUCUGCUUUUUGGGACAUUGCCUUAUUGGGGGUGAACUGAUAAGUGU